AUGCCCCCUCCUGUCGCAAGAUAUGGGCCCUCGGGUCUUGGCGCUCCCUAUACACUCCAGCAAGCCCAUCUCCAAUCCCAACAUCCCCACGCUCAAUCCGCCAACUCGGCUCUUCCGCCCCCUUCACUCGGUGGCCACCCUGGGUUCGCCGGCAAUCCCAACACCAACAUUAAUCCUUUCACGCUGUCUGGCGCGGGUGUUGCCAACGGUAUGUCAGUAGCUGGAUUUUCAGGCGCCGAUGGUGGUGGCACCGGGCUCGCUAGUCAUGCGGCACAGAUGGGGUUCGCGCGGGGAGCACAGAUGCAGCAGCAGCAGCUACACCAAGGCCACGAUGGACGGCUAGCACUGGACUCGAAGACUGGUGCAGUCAAGUCACGGAUACGGGAUGUUUGGAAACACAAUCUUUUCCACGAAAUGGCAGUGUUAAGAUCGUUGGUCGAUAAGUAUCCAUACAUCAGCAUGGAUACCGAAUUUCCCGGCAUCGUUGCUCGACCCAUCGGCUCCUUUACGACCAAAGCGGAUUACCACUACCAGACCCUCCGGUGCAAUGUCGAUUUGUUGAAGAUGAUCCAGUUAGGGAUCACGCUGUUCAAUGAAGAUGGCGAAGUUGCUCCAGCUACAUCCGCCGAUUCCAAUGGCCAACCGUUUGGCAACUCAAUGGUCCCCGCUCCGUGCACAUGGCAAUUUAACUUCCGCUUUUCGCUCGACGGAGAUAUGUACGCACAGGACUCUACAACUAUGCUCACCAAAUCUGGGAUCGACUUCAAUUUGCACGAAAAAAAUGGUAUUGAUCCGUUCGAGUUCGGGUCAUUAUUGAUUAGCUCAGGCCUGGUACUGCUGGAUGAUGUCCACUGGGUCUCGUUCCAUUCCGGAUAUGACUUUGGGUAUCUAAUGAAGAUCAUGCUAUGUUCCCCCUUGCCCGAACGUGAGGAGGAGUUCCAUGAUCUCUUAAAUAUCUUCUUCCCGUCCUUAUACGACAUCAAAUACUUGAUGAAACACGCCGGCCGCAACCAAGCCGUCAACGAUUCACCUCUUACCCCCGCCGCUCUUCAGAUCCUCACAAAUCUGGGCCAAAAAUCCGGAUUGCAGGAUAUUGCAGACGAGCUUGGUGUUAAAAGGGUUGGGAUCGCCCACCAAGCCGGUUCGGAUUCAUUGGUAACAGGCGAGAUCUACUGGAAGAUGCGCCAGAUGGUAUUCAACGGCACAAUCGACGACAGCAAGUAUUCCGGUCAGAUCUGGGGCCUCAAUGGACACAUGCCCGCGUUGACCUACCCCAUGGCCCAGCAAACCCCCAAUCUCAACGGAGCCACCAUUUACUCCGGAGCUGGGACUCCCAGCACUCCUAACAACGCACACCUUGCAAUGGGCGCUCAAACCCCCCAACACCCAGGCUCCGGCUAUCAUACCCCCAGUGGGAUGACAGGGAAGGCAUGA